ACUGCCGCGGGGUAUCAGCGGCGCCGCGAUCGCAGCAGCGCCCAGCGGGCGGCCGGGCGGCGGCAUGGCGAGCCAGCCGCACUCUCUCAGCUAUGUGGGGUGCAACUUUUUGCGGCAGCGGCUGGUGCUGUCCACGCUGAGCGGUAGGCCGGUGAAAAUCCGCAAGAUCCGGGCGAAGGAGGAGAACCCCGGCCUCAGAGAUUUUGAAGCAAGUUUUAUACGACUGAUUGACAAAGUGACCAAUGGCUCUAGGAUUGAGAUAAACCAAACAGGUACCACCCUAUAUUAUCAGCCUGGCCUUCUGUACGGGGGGGUGUUGGAACACGACUGCAGCCCCCACCGUAGUAUUGGCUAUUAUUUGGAAAGUCUGCUCUGCUUGGCGCCUUUCAUGAAACAUCCAUUAAGAAUUGUCCUCAGGGGAGUAACAAACGAUCAAGUAGACCCUUCAGUGGAUGUACUUAAGGCAACAGCUCUGCCCUUGCUGAAAAAAUUUGGAAUUGAUGGUGAAGGUUUUGAACUGAAGAUAACUAGAAGAGGAAUGCCCCCCAAAGGAGGUGGAGAGGUGAUAUUUGCCUGUCCAGUUAGGAAAGUCUUGCGACCCAUUCAGUCCACAGACCCUGGCAAAAUCAAACGGAUCAGAGGAACUGCGUAUUCUGUCAGAGUGUCGCCACAGAUAGCAAACAGAAUCGUGGAUUCAGCAAGAAGCAUCCUAAAUAAGUUUAUACCAGAUAUUUAUAUCUACACAGAUCACAUGAAGGGGACCAGUUCUGGAAAGUCUCCAGGUUUUGGCCUGUCCCUUGUCGCAGAAACCACCAAUGGCACUUUUCUGGGUGCUGAACUGGCAUCUAAUCCCCAGGGCCAGGGAACUGCUGUACUCCCAGAAGAACUCGGCCUGAACUGUGCAAAGCUGCUGCUUGAGGAGAUUUACAGAGGAGGCUGUGUGGAUUCAACAAACCAGAGUCUAGUUCUGCUCCUCAUGACCCUUGGACAGCAGGAUGUUUCCAAAGUCCUACUAGGACCUCUGUCUCCGUACACAAUUGAGUUUCUACGACAUUUGAGAAGCUUCUUCCAGAUUAUGUUCAAAAUUGAAACCAAGCCAUCUCAUGAAGAGCUCCAGGGUGGAGAGAAAGUCUUAAUGACGUGUGUUGGCAUUGGAUUUUCCAACCUUAGCAAGACAAUCAAAUGAUAAAAUAUCUGCAGCUUUUACGAAAAUGUGACGUCAAAACCAGUACAACAGAGAUGUGGUUUAGCAUUGAACAUACAACAUGGUUGGGCCUCUUCUCCUUCUUUUCCCCCAGACUAAUGUGGUGGUUGCUGAAUGCAACUGUCUUUAACAGUUUUACAUUUUUAUGGAGGAGUUAAGGAAGGAGACCUUAACAAAGGUGACCAAAAAGAGAAUGGCAGAGCAAAUAAUUUGUCAAAAUAUGUGUGUGUAGGGGGGCGGUAAUUACAGAGCCCCAUCUAAGAAAUACCAACAUUGAAAUAAACUGAACUCAAACUAGAACAAUAGUUGUUGUUUUUAAGUUGUACGUAUACAGAAUUUGUCAAAGGCCUCAAUUCUGAGAACACUUAUGUACAUAAUGUUACGCAUAUAAGUAGUUGCAUGGCCCUUCAUGGAACUAUUUGCAUUUAUGAGGUCAAGUGCGUACAUAAGUGUUUGCAGAAUCAGGGUCUGAAUCUUGAGUGGGCAUUAGAUAAGGACCAUAAAGACAGUGGAAAGUCUCUUACUGAUGUUAUGGGCUUUGUUCAAGCUUAGUGAACUGCUGGUGUGGGGAUAUAGAAGAAAUAUCUGCCAUUUAACUUUUUUUAAGAUUAGAAUAUGUAAAAGAUGUUUGCCUAUACUGAUGUAAUUCAACUUUCUUGCUUCCGGAGGCGGGGGAGAUCUUUUGACUAGGUAUCUGAUUUGUAAAUUGUUUCAUUUCAGAUCCUUUAUUUUACUGUUAGAAAAAUUGCUUGGGUUGGUUUGUUUGUUUGUUUAUACAGUAUUCCAAACACUCCAAAACAGGACUGUUCUGAUCAUUUGGGAAAGGUAGCCACAGGGUUUUGGUGGACUAAAUGUAUCACAUCUGGGUAUUGUCUUGUGUGGCUGCAAUCUUUGUGGGUGAGGAGUUUGGUUGGGGUUCCUUUCUUAAUGUCUGUUGGGUAUCUUUCAAAUUACCAAAUGAUGAAAUAUCCCAUCAGGAAAGAUUUUUUUUUUUUCACACAGCAGCGGUGAGUAGUAGAUGCUAGUGCACACAUGUUAGAGUUUAAUAUUGGACUGCUCUUAUACAAGGAAAAAGUAUUAAGCACAUGGCCACAGAUUGAAGUAGUUUUCCUCAGUAUGACAGACAAUGAGGAUGACUAAUUUAAAAUAAAACCAUUUCAAAAACUGUGCCACUGGCUGUUACAAUGGUCAUAAUCCUUUAUAAACUAUAUUAAUGCAACAUGCUUUGAUUAAUAAUAGUAUUACCCCAUUAGAAGAUCAUGAGAAUGCAUUCUUAUCCAUUACCAUUGUAAGAAAUGCAUCUGUAACAUGAUAGGUACAUGUUGGACCCAUGUAGGAAUUCGACGGAAGACUGUGUAUAUGUGCUGUAAAUUAUUGGAGGCAACAAUACUCAUUAUGUACUGUACUUGAAAUUCUGUGUUUUUGUAGCAAUCUGCCUACACAUUUAUUUAGAAAAAUAAAAUUGUAUAGAUUUUUCUAAAUGAGGCUUUUCCCCCUUUUUUAAUUUUGUUUUUCCCUAGACUAGCACUCUGAAUUUUCAAAAGAUAAACAGC